ACCGAGGCGGGCUGGCUCAGUAAAGCAGAGGCAGCGGGGGAAGAUGGCGGCGGCUGUUCCACAGCGGGCCUGGACCGUGGAGCAGCUGCGCAGCGAGCAGCUCCCCAAGAAGGACAUUAUCAAGUUUCUACAGGACCACGGUUCAGAUUCGUUUCUUGCAGAACAUAAGUUAUUAGGAAACAUUAAAAAUGUGGCUAAGACAGCUAACAAGGACCAUUUGGUUACAGCCUAUAACCAUCUUUUUGAAAGUAAGCGUUUCAAGGGUACUGAAAGUAUAAGUAAAGUGUCUGAGCAGGUGAAAAAUGUGAAGCUUAAUGAAGAUAAACCCAAAGAAACCAAGUCUGAAGAGACUCUGGAUGAGGGUCCACCAAAAUAUGUAAAAUCUGUUCUUAAAAAAGGAGAUAAAACCAACUUUCCCAAAAAGGGAGAUGUUGUUCACUGCUGGUAUACAGGAACACUACAGGAUGGGACUGUUUUUGAUACUAAUAUUCAAACGAGUUCAAAGAAGAAGAAAAACGCCAAGCCUUUAAGUUUUAAGGUUGGAAUAGGCAAAGUUAUCAGAGGAUGGGAUGAAGCACUCUUGACCAUGAGUAAAGGAGAAAAGGCUCGACUAGAGAUUGAACCAGAAUGGGCUUAUGGAAAGAAAGGACAGCCUGAUGCCAAAAUUCCACCAAAUGCAAAACUCAUUUUUGAAGUGGAAUUAGUGGAUAUUGACUGAAAUAGCAAUGCUUCAGAUGUAAAGACAUCAGCAACAAUAAAACAUGGCCUUGAAGAAAUUUAUGUAACUAAUUAGAGCUGGUUACUAUUGUAACGGAAGAGUCAACUGGAAAAUUCAAGAAUGCAGAUACUGUUUACCCGAUCCGCAACUUUUAAUAUAUGUAAUCCAUUAUAAUUCCCUAAAGUUUGAAAUAUUUUACUACAGCUGUGUAAAAUAUUGGUUAAAGAGAACUGACUUUCCUUUUACCUCAUGUUGUAAACUGAAAGGCUCAAUAAAAAGUAUUCAGUGUCUUGA